AUGUCAUCGCGGCGCUUAGCGGAUCUGAUGCAUCGCAAACAAGAAGAAUUCGACGAUGUCUUGAAUUCCUUGACGUUCUCUUCUACCGCAGAAAAUGACAUAGGUGGCCUUGAUGCGGCGCUGCAACGAUUUGCUGAGCAAAAAGCCGAAGCAUCUAUGAAACGUCGAGGUCCGAUUCAGGGUAUCCCUGAUGACGAUCCUGAACCCAUCCAGUUUGAACUGGCUGAAGAUAUUGUGGCGUCAACCGAAAACUUCUUUUAUGAUGCCGAUUCUCCCUGCAUUCUACCCAGUUCUACACCUUCACAUAUCAAUGAGGAGGAGUUUGUUUUGCAGUCCAGACGCAAACAUUCCCUGGGAGUUGAAGACUUCAAGCACACUCAGCUGCAGCACGACAUAUGGCGGGAUGUUACGGGCUCUUUGAAGACGACCAUACAUCCGUCGGUGACGAUCUUGGGUGUGGUGGCUCCCAGCUCGCAGAUAAAUCAUCCACCCCCAUCACAUUCAGCCGGCGCGAGUCCGUUAAGAGCAUGCAGUCGUCAACAGAAUGGUGGUCACAAUGCAGAACUGCCCGCGUCGACAGGUUUUAGGGACUUGCGACUGCGGCGUUGGCGCCAUCGACGUCGCACCGUCUCACUGAUGGAGAGCAGUGGUGAGGCUCAUAGUCUCCGCGUCUUCGUUUACCUCUCGCCGGUCGACAUUCUCACCUAUCUUCAGCGGCCCUUCCGUCGUUCUCUCCGCAACACCCCCGACUCCACCGACCCUGCUGCCUCCGCCGCUGUCUCCCUCCCCGAUGUUCGCGUGGAGAAUGGGUCUCUGCACUUUAAGUGCUGGGCUCCCUCCAGUUUGGUGUGUUCACCAAACCCCACCGGUUUGGACCUUGGGGGAGUUAACCGUGUGGUUGAAUCUCAACCACGAACGCACAACACAACAAAGAAACCGAGAGAAGCAGAAGGGAAGAGAGACGUGCUGAUGGUACCGGAGGCCGAGAGACUCGAUAAUGGGUUCGAGGCUGCAGAAGAAAAACAGGUCAGAUGGCGUAGGAAAGAGCCUCAAAAAGACAACACCGUCUCUGCCGUGUCACAUGAGGUGGAGGGCGUCUCAUCGACUCUACGGGAUGCAGAGACAGCCAGUAUGGCACCGACAAUCCUUUCAGUCAGCGAACCAUUCGGAACGGAGUCUCCAGGGCUGACUUCUUCGCAGCCACCACCGUCACAACCUCCGUCGAAACCGAAAAGGGCAAAAAGACUAUAUAUGUUCGGUGGUGUUCUGGUGGCUCUUCUAUCCUGCUGUUGGUUGCUCUCUCUCUCACCCUUCCUCUGGGGCGCAGUUGUGGGCAGUUUCGUGACUUAUUGUGUCCUUCGUCUCUACCACCUUGCCAUGGCCUUCCUCUACUACCCCUCCGAACGCUACCGCUGCUGCUUCACCGGCGCCUCACCAGGCGCGACUUGUUGCAGCCUACACAACUCUCUCCUCUCCGCUUGGCGACCGCCCUACGCGGGUCCCCUGGUGCUUCCGCAGCUGCGCGAUCUGCAGGCCCCGCCAGUACCCCAACUGGCCGAUGAGGACCUGCGAUCUGGGCCCUCAAGUGGCCCUCUGGGUGAGUGUCUCGGCUACAAGCUGGACAAACACAAUCGGCCGAUCUACAGGGCCUGGAUGAAUGAGAUUGUCUCCUACUCGCCGGAUACCUAUCACAUCAACAGCACACACUCGGUGUUUGUGACACUGGAGGGGACUCACCUGCGUAUCCAACGUCCCCGAAAAAACGUUCCCCGACGCGCCAUGUUCAAUGUGCCGGUGCCGCCGAGCUGCGGAGUGCAGUUCAUACAUCAACGCAUCUAUGAUAUGCGCAAGGUCACCGUCUCCCUCCUGCCCCGUGGUCUUAUAGAGAAGCGGUUAUGGAGCAAGAAGUAUCCCAUCUGUCUCACCGUAAAAAAUGAGCGGAAUGCACCACCAGUCACUUUGGAGGACAACAGUUGCAAUGUCAUACCCUCCAAGGUAGUUGCAAGAUCCCGAGCGCAGCCUUUGCGUAGUCCUUCAACCUAUGGAUUUGUCACGAUGCCAGACCACGAUGAGGCGCUUUCAAAGGCAUCAGUGCCAUCUUUUCCGGAUGACGGCUCGGCCUACUCUGUCUCCACCAGUCGUUUUCUUCGUGUUUCCACCAGCCCCGGUAUCGUUUCCGGCAAUGCGAUGAUGGAGAAUGUGGCCUCGCCACUGCAGGAUCCUCCCGAAGACUUUCUCCUUGUUCGGCACUCCGAUUUGGACGAGAAGAUCUACCUCUUUGCACGGACCUGUCGCGAAAAGGAGGCGUGGUUCCGACGCCUCAGAGGCGCCUCCAUUGGGAGACCACUUCUAACCACCACUCAGCAGGCAAGCCGCUAUUCUCAUCGUUCUUUGACAUUUGCUUUGUUCUCAAAUUGGGAUGCAUUCAAGCAAUUACUGACGCCGAGCACAUCCGCGAUGAAGGCAUCCGCUUCCUCACCAUCGGUGCGAACUAGCUCUUCCUCCACAGAUGUUACCACGGUAGCAGACUCAUCUGCCACUGUGGAGGAGGGGGCGGCCACCGCUUCCUCAGUCGGCCUCCGUCACUGCCCCUCAUGUACCUCAGCUUGCGAUUCCGACGCUGAACUGCAGAUGGCGUACCUGCGCCACAUGGCCAAAUUCAUGCCUGCCUCGUGGCUUCUGCGCGCCAGCCAGGCGUUGAAGUUGAACCUCAAUUACGUGAGCUGUGACAGCCAGGUGCCGUGGCUUAACGCCCUCAUCGGACGUCUAUUUUGGGAUUUCUUACGACACGAACUCUGGCUCAAACGUGUGCAAGAGAAGAUACAGGGGAAAUUGAAGAAACUUCAUUUGCCCUACUUCGUAAAUGAACUGACUGUAACGAGUGUAGACAUGGGCACGGAGUUACCAGUGAUCAGAAAUGCUGGAAAACCGUUUUUGGACAACCAGGGACUGUGGAUUGAAGCGGAGGUUGUUUAUGCUGGGGGUUUCACAGUCUCCCUUGAAACCAAUAUCAAUCUCAUGAAAUUGCGUGAUAAAACUUGGCGUCCAAACGGAGCCGUUGGUUCAAAACCCCUCCCACAACCACCGUCGGAAUUUGGCAGUGCGGGUGCGGCUAUCAACAACAAUGCAGGCAGUGUGACCACGGACUACCCAAUCGAAGGUGGAAACGCAGAUGGAACAGGGCGGAGCAUGGCAGCCUUCCUCUCAGAUGAGGAGGACAGUGCCGACUCCUCCACGGACAGCGAUCGGGAGAGUGCGCUCACCAAUGCCUUUGCUUCUAUUCUUCCCACUGCCGUCGCCGUAGCCGCACCCUCCACCUUCCCCCCUGCGGCGCCCGCCUCUCCUGACGCCAAGUCGACUGACACUCAGCGAUUUGCCUUCACACCUGAAGAAAACAACGACCUGCAAAGGCCGAAGCGGCGAUUGUACCGCAUAAUGGAUAAGAUCACCCGCUCCUCCUACUUUCAAAAAGCGGUCGACAGCAAAUUUGUGCAGCGUGGCAUGGAGUAUGUCUCAAAUAAAGCCAUCAAUCUCCAGCUGGAGGUGAGCACGCUGCACGGCACCUUGGUGUUGAAUCUCCCACCACCGCCCAGCGACCGUCUAUGGUAUGGCUUUCGCGGCAAUCCAAAUCUUCGUUUCAAGUUAAAACCCAAAUUUGGCGAGACGCUUGUGACUAUUCCUCGAUUCCUUGAGAUUUUGGAGAAAAAACUCAUUUUGGAAUUUCAGAGAGUUUUCGUGCUACCCAAUAUGGACGACCUUGUCAUGCCGCUGCUGAUACCGGAGCCGAUUCUAAGAUGUUCACAAACCUCGGAAGCUAUGACGAGUACCACGCACUGUGAUGAAAGAUCUUUUGGUGGAUCGUUAGCCUCACAACAGGAGGGUGAAGCCGCUGCCUUAUAA